AUGGCGGCCAAGGUGGUGUCGCCGUCCGUCGUGCUCGGGUGGAGGUGUUCGGCACCGAGGAGCGUCGACUCCCUGUCCGCGAUGGGGGCCUCCCAGUCCAAGCUUUCGGAGGCGAUGCGGCAGGUGAACGUUCCAAAGACCAGGAAGACCUACUGCAAGAACAAGGAGUGUGGGAAGCACACCCUUCACAAGGUCACUCAGUACAAGAAGGGUAAGGACAGCCUGUCUGCCCAGGGAAAGCGCCGCUAUGACAGGAAGCAGUCAGGAUAUGGUGGUCAGACCAAGCCUGUUUUCCACAAGAAGGCAAAAACUACCAAGAAGAUUGUGCUGAAGCUGCAGUGCCAGAGCUGCAAGCACUACUCCCAGCGUGCCAUCAAGAGGUGCAAGCACUUUGAGAUCGGUGGAGACAAGAAGGGCAAGGGAACAUCUCUCUUCUAAAUUGGUUUCACCUAUCUGGAGUUGUGGUGGUCGACAAUAUGUUUUACUAUUUCGGUGUUAGUAGUUUUAUUGAAACAGACCUUGUCAUGUAUGCAAACUCCAGUGUUCUGUUUUUAAGCAAGGCUCGACUUUUGGCUAAAUGAAGUUUUGUAGCUUGAAUCGUCUAUCAAUCUGCAUAAUGACCUGUUUUAAUCUGA